AUGAAGGCGAGGCAUCGAGGCUUGAUCCUCGCUGUCACACUCGCAAUCACUGGCGGCGUCAAGAGGUUCGAGGAGAACCCGGAUCCGCAUCCUCUUAGAAACGCGUCGGCGCCAUGGCCCGUCGGCCACGGCCGCGGCUCCGGGGUGGUGAUUUCGCUCUUGGAGACGCAUUCGGCGGUCACAGAGGAAGUGAAGAACGAGAUUCACGAGUUAUUUUCCGGAGUUGCUGCCCAGUCCCUCUCCGAUGUGAGGCACUUUGACAGCUACCUGAGCUCGCUCGCAACCGCCCUGAUAUCAUUGUCAGACAAGGUGCGAGGACCCUACCUACAGAGUCCUUUGAGCGAGAUUCUGAAAGUUAUCGACAAGACACUCAAGCCGGGCAUCGUGGACCAGCAUGCCGCCGCGCAGCAGGCCAUCACUCGUGCAGAUCAGACCGUCAUCCGUUGCUACGACACUCUUUGGAGAAGCUUGAAUCAAUCCAACGCCAUUCUCCAGUCUCUGGCUGAGAAGAGACAGGCGAUCAAGUCCUGCUAUAGCUCGGCCGCAGCAGAUUCGGCCGGCGUGGCCACCUCCCUUCUCAGUCUGCCUAGGUUAUUGACUGCACGUGCAUCCGACUGCGAGAAUCUACUUGCAGCAUCCAAUGCAAGAGAGGCGCCUCUGCAAGCUUGGGCAGCUAGUUGCGAUCGUCAUGACGGUUCCAGUGUGGGGACCUAUCUCAUGAAGCAGCUCAUGCACUGGGAGGAUCUCCUCCAGCGCUAUGACGACAUCGAGAAGCGCUGCAAGGAGUCGACGGCGAGCUAUGAGACGGAGGUCCUGAGGUAUAAUUCAAUGAGGAGUCACCAGCACGAUGGGGCCGACUGUCGGCCCCUUCAAGUCGACAUGGAUGAAGCCGCCUGCCAACAGGCGCUGGAUCGAAUCGAAUCUUGCGGGACCUACGGCAGCUGCAUCAAGGAGAGCAUCGCCGAUCGAGCGGUCCUUCACGCGUCGCAGUGCAAGCUUGAAGUGAACUUGAAGGCACAGUGGUAUGCAUUGGAAUCAAUGAAGUGCCUGCUGAAGUCAUAUGAAGACCAUGGAGGCUCCGAGGACUUGCUCUCGAAAUUUGCAAUCUGCAAGUCUCGUGGUCCUGAGACCUAUAACCUCCACUUCCUGUCGCUGCAGGGGUGUGAUGAUAUCAAGGCCGAUGUGGCAGAUGCCCUGAACUCCACCCAUUCGAGUUCGAAGACUUCACGUGAGUGCGCCAUCACCAAAGACCCACAGAAGGACCCUUCGCUCCCCGGUACUGCUGCGUACGAAGCGACAUACUACAGUGGCUUUGAGCCUGCAAAAUGCACUGCGAAGUGCUGUGUACGGCCUCCUUUCACCACUACGUCCACAACAACAUCAACAUCAUCGACCUCCACAACAUCUACGACAUCAACUACCGCAACCACCACAAAAAGUGCGGCAGCAUGCAACCCCACGACGGUCAGCAUGGAGCGCUCCAAGAACGGCACGUGUACAAAGCUCCCGGACGGGCGCCAAAGGUGGGUGGCGAGGCUGUCGCCCGCACCAGGCACCCCAGAAGCGGAUCUCAAGGAGUUUGGACUGGCAUUGGCAAUCAAAGCUGCGAAAGUGACCAACACAUCGAAGCCGCAAACUCCUGAAACGGAGAUCCCACAUGUGGUGAUGGGCAAGGACGGGAAGCUGACGCUUUACUUGGAACACCCGGGCAACUGCGAUGAGCAGCGCAGCGUCUUGCAGCGGGUGCUUCCAGCUGACAGGAGCAUCAAGUUGCACCGUUGCAAGGGCUCCGACGACUACUUUGUUUGA